UCUUUCUCAAUGAAAGGCUCAAGCAGUCAUGAUGACUUUAAAUGGAAGGGAGAGCCUUGCCUUUCAAGGCAACUGAAGGCUAUUUCGGCAGAGUCCUUAAGUCCAUUGCUGGAAGCCUCUUCUAAAAACUUUACCAAGUCUUUGGCAUCAUUGACUGAUAUCCUGGAGGACAGUGGAGGAUUCUCUGCUACUUCGCCAUGGGGUAGAGGUUCACACAGUUUUACACUCCCGGCACAUGGAAAUACCUUUCCAAGGCAGAAUCGGGGCUCUAACACAUCGCCUUUGACGCGCAGAAAAUCUUACGACAGAGUACAGCUCAGGUAA